GAAGUCAAGACGCUGAAGGUCAAACCCUCAUCACUCCACCCCUUCCUUCUGCUCUCUCCCACCCACUGCCGGGUGCCUCAGCUCUGGGCAGCUCUGCUCCACUCGGCCGCUGGUUCCCAGAGGACAGCAGGAAGAUCUGGCCAGAAUCCCGGCUGGGCUUCCUUGUGUGUCUGCGAACAGGUCUGAACCUCCUUGCACGUCUGCAGAAUCGUCAAACACCCGUCCUUUAUACUGCACGGAGGCCAGCAGGCAGGAUGACCCAAAACAUGCUGGCUGUGAAUGGAGUCGAUGUGGUCUCUCCGCUGUCCCAGCCCACUCACAUCGACAUCCACAUCCAUCAGGAAUCUGCUUUGGCACAACUGCUAAAAGCUGGGAGCUCCUUGAUGGAGCGCCUGUCCCACCAUCCUGCCAAGGCCAGCAUAAGCUACGGACAGCUGGCAGUAGGGGUGACCCAGAUAUUGCUGGGGGCUAUGAGCUGUGCUCUUGGAGGGCUUCUCUGCUUGGGGCCCUGGAUUCAGCUGCGUGCCUCAGGCUGUGCCUUUUGGGCAGGGUUUGUGGCCAUUGCAGCAGGAGUUGGGGCCAUUGUCCAUGAGAAACACUGCGGCAAACUUUCAGGCUUCAUAUCAAGUCUGCUCACCCUGGCUGGCAUUGCCACGGCCGUGGCCGCCGUUGUCUUCUGUGUGAAUAGUUUAACCUGGGGACUUGUCUUCUAUGACAUCAGCUCCGUGUGUGAUUCCUUAAUCCCUGACACCUCCACCUUUGGGUACGAAGAGACUAGACGAAGCGAUUCCUAUUCAUCGUGGAGGGAGGAGCGCUGCAGAAGCUACAUGCAAAUGCUGAUGGAUUUGUUCCUAGGAAUCCGUGGUCUGCUCCUGGCCGUCUGUGUCCUGCAGGUCAUUGUAUCCUUGGCUUCCCUGGGCAUGGGUCUCCGACGCUUCUGUGGCCAGAGCUCCCGGGCCCUGGAUGAAGAAGGGUCAGAGAAGAAGCUGUGGGGGGAGAAUUCAGUGCCUCCCUCUCCCCACAAGAAGAAGAGCACAGCUGUUGUCCUGUGAGCAGCCAAAGACCCUGCCUGGACCCUGCAUGUCCCCCCAGAGUAGCCCAGGGCCCCUCACUGCCCCGUCCCUCACACUCGCUUCCUUAGGCUGCCCCUCCUCUCGCCAACACCCUCACCCGCUAUUCCCACUCCAGGGUCCUCAGUUCAGUGAACAGGUAUUGUCACAUUUUUCC